CACACACUGCUCCUGACAGAUGGUUGAUCAAACGCGACACACGUGCAACAGACGUGGGUGGGGCGGAAACAGUAAACACCAACUGUGCUCUUCGGCUUAGCUCUUGACUUGAUUUAUCAGAUAGAUUAGUUGGCUGACAGCGCGUCAGAUGGUAGCUAAGAUCAACCAAAAUGUUCCGUUAGCGCACAAAAUUAGAAACGCAAAAUGCGAUGCUACCUUCAAGCACUUCUCCUGUGCUUGGUCUUCACCUUCUUCUCACUGUUGUACGUGUUCAACCAGCUAGCCUCCACCUUGGAGGACGGAGACGACUGGGGCUUGAAGGAGCAGGGGAUAUCCGACAGGCGCAGUCAUGACUCCGGGCACCUUUUCAGGAAAAGGCCCGGGCUGGCAGGCCUUCGAGACCGCGAAGACGGGUUUGACAGGUGUAAAUCACUGUCAGUUUCUUACUGGAAUCCAUAUUGGAGACUGCCUGCUGGUGUUUGUGGAGUGAACUGCUUAUUGGGAUCAUCUCUUAGAGAGAGGUCAGCUUCUGCAGUAAAGGAGCAGCGUGAUGAGAGAAGUCACCUGGCUGUGGUGGCCUGUGGCUCCAGGCUAGAGGAGACUCUUACCAUGUUGAAGUCUGCCGUUCUCCUCAGCAGGAAGCCUCUGCACUUUUACAUCUUUGCUGAGGAUGAUCUACAUGAGCGCUUCAGAAAUGCUCUGGACUCCUGGCCAAGAACAGUUCAGACCAAGUUUAACUUCACCAUCUACCCCAUCACAUUUCCCAAGGAGAAUGCAAAUGAGUGGAAGAAGCUCUUCAAACCUUGUGCCUCUCAGAGGCUCUUCCUGCCACUGAUCCUGAAGGACGUGGAUUCUUUGCUCUAUGUGGACACAGACAUCAUUUUCCUGCAGCCAGUAGAGGACAUCUGGGGCCUUCUUUCUCAGUUUAAUUCAAGCCACUUAGCUGCCAUGGCUCCGGAGCACGAGGAGCCACGCAUUGGCUGGUACAAUCGUUUUGCCCGCCACCCUUAUUAUGGCAAAACAGGCAUCAACUCAGGGGUCAUGCUUAUGAACAUGACGCGCCUCAGGGAAAAAUCCUUUAAGAAUGACAUGACAACAGUUGCACUCAAGUGGGAGGAACUUCUGAUGCCCCUUCUCCAGAAGUAUAAACUCAAUAUCACCUGGGGUGACCAGGACCUCCUUAAUAUCAUAUUUCACCAAAACCCAGAAAGCCUGUAUGUGUUCCCCUGCCAAUGGAACUACCGUCCAGACCACUGUAUCUACGGCAGCAACUGUCAACAGGCUGAUGAAGACGGUGUAUUCAUUCUCCAUGGGAACAGGGGAGUUUACCAUGAUGACAAGCAGCCUGCAUUUCGAGCAGUCUACGAGGCCAUCCAAAAGUACCCGUUUGGUGACAACAUGGAGACCUCAUUACUUCAGCCGCUGGAAGCGACACUACAGACCACCACAAACACGUACUGCGGAAGAACCAGUCACCUGUUUACGAGGAAGUUAAAACAGAGCAUCAUGUCUGUUCAACAAGACGUCACACGGAGAAGAUGAUCAGAAACAGCACUCCGAUAUCAUUGAUGUCAUGAUUAGUGUCUCUAAUUUCUCUCUGGAGGUAGAGAUGUGGAUUUAAGACACUCCUGUGGAGACAAUGAGCUGAAUGACAGACUCAAGUCAACACCGAAUCAUCAGCUGUUACAAACUGCAUAUCAAGACUAUGGAAAUGGGUAAUCUGUGGAACAGGUUAUAUUUUUUAUUCUUCAGUGAAGCCAAUCCUGGUUCUUAUCUGUCCAGUGAACACAUGAUCUGGUCAGAAAUGCUUUCUCACAGUGGUGGAAAAUGCACUGAAACCACUUUGCCCUGCAGAGAUUUUGGACGUCAUUGCCGAUAAGGACACUCGCUGGAUUCUAGACAAUCAGGUUGUGUUACUAUUUGUUUUGAGAGAGAUCCUACAAUCAUGUUAUACAGUUUUUCAGAGGUCUUUGGGGGAUAAAACACAGCAGGGUAUCUGAAUGUGUACUCACAUUGGGUUAUUAUUAUAAGAGUUGUUUUUGCAUACAGGUUUUAACAGGUGUCACUGCAGGAUAUCAAGCCUGUUCCUGUUUCCCAGGGGGUCAAAUACCAACACCUUGUCAUGCCCCUCGGCGUGUGAUAUCGACACUGAAGGCCCCAUUUGGCGUCUUCAUGAGACAGUAUCUCCAAUGUAA